AUUUCUUGUCAAAUUGGACUUUUUAUUUGCAAUUGCUGCUCUUAAAGCGUUUAUUUUUCUGUAAAUCACGGACUUUUCAUCGCGAUGUCUGCCGAAUUGGAUUUGUACAAGAUUCUUGGAGUCGACAAAAAUGCAUCAGAUGCCGAUAUAAAGAAGAAUUACCGGAAGUUGGCCAAAGAAUUCCAUCCAGACAAAAAUCCGAAUGCUGGAGACAAGUUCAAGGAGAUUUCGUUCGCCUACGAGGUGCUGUCAGACAAGGAGAAACGUGCCUUGUACGACAGACACGGCAUUAAGGGCUUGCAAGAAGGCGGCGGCUUCGACGAUGACAUGUUCGGAAGUCUCUUUGGGCGUUUCUUUCCGGGAUUCGGGGGAUUUGGUGGCGCCGGACGAUCUCGUGGUCCGCCAAAGUGCGAAAGUACCGUGUUGCCGGUGAAGGUAACGCUCGAGGAUUUGUACAACGGAGGCAAAACAGUGCCCGUUACCUACAACCGUAUUGAUAUCUGUGAUAAAUGCGAAGGUAGAGGAGGCAAGGCAGGCGCCGCAGUGAAAUGUCGAACGUGCAGCGGCACAGGCGUCAAAGUAACGUUGCAGCAACUCGGACCGAAUAUUGCGCGUCAAAUGCAAACACGUUGCCCGGAUUGUCAAGGCAACGGCGAAUCGUUUUCGGAGAAGGAUCGAUGUGCUCCGUGCUCCGGCAGCAAAACUGUCGAAUACGAGAAAACGAUGGAAAUCGAAAUCGAGAAGGGCAUGAAGCACGGGCAGAAAAUCGUGAAGCAUGGCGAGGGUUCACAAGUGCCCGACACGGAAAAAGGCGAUCUCGUGAUUGUCAUUCAACAAUUGCAGCAUGCGACGUUUACGCGACAAGAUGAUGAUCUUUACAUGAAUGCCAAGAUUACGCUGACGGAGGCGUUGUGCGGCUUGAAAUUAGUCGUGAAGCAUUUGGAUGGCAGAGAUUUGGUAAUUUCACAUCCGGUUGGUACGGUAUUCAAGACGGGCGAUAUCAAGUGUGUGAAGGGCGAAGGUAUGCCUCAGCAUCGGAAUCCCUUUGAACACGGAAAUUUGUAUGUGAAAUUUGAAGUUACGUUCCCCGAGAAUAAUUUCGUUUCGGCGGAAAAACUGAAGGAACUCGAAACAUAUUUGCCUCCAAGACCAACUUUUGUAUUGCCUGAAGGCGAACACGUGGAAGAAGUUGCAUUGCACGACUACGAAGAGUUCCGAGAUGGCGCAGGAAAUCGCGGCGAAGCCUACAACUCUUCGGAUGAAGAUGAGGAUGGUCACGAGGGCGGAGGCUUUAGACAAGCCCAAUGUCACACACAGUAAUUCACUACUCAUUCAAGUAACAAUUAUGCUAAAAAAAAAUAAAUAUUUUGGGGCAAGUGUAGCUAACUACUUCGCAUGAAAUUAUAAAUAUUAUGAUAAAGUAAAAUAUCAUUGGAUAGGCUCUCAAUAUUUCGUAAAAAAAAGCGAGCGGUUUUGAACCAUCUUUAGAACAAACAAAAAAAAAUAGUUUUUAAUAGCUUUAUGGUUUUUUUUUAUAAUCAAUAAUUAAUAAAAUAUCUUGUACCACGUUUUCCUUACUCCUCCACACACACCAAACUCAGCCAGUUAUUAAACCAUUAAUUUACACGCGGAAAAUUUGUUGUAAUUGUAAGAGAAGACACAAAAAAAAAGAACAAAACGGAAGAGACAGAUACUUACACACAUUCAAAAAAAAAAAAAAAACAAAAUUUAUGUAAUAAAACUAAAAUAACGACUAUGAUUAAAACUUAUUUAAUUU